UUUUCCGGGGUGCGACUCGUUCGGUGGCUAUCUCAAAAUACAUUCCUACUGCAAUAUUAAGCUAUUUUGUCUCAUAUUUCAAAAGGAGGCCGAAAGAGGCCAGUAGUUUCUGCUCGGAACGGAGCUUUAAUGUAAGUCUGCUGUCCGUCCUCCGUCAGGAACAUGAAGAAGAAAAGCUCAGAGAAAAAGCGCCAUGUGGUCGCCUGGGUCAACAAAGCUGAGUGGGACCAGGUUCUGGAAUAUCUCUACUCCAAAGACUCCUCUCUGCAGAGAUUCGCUCUGCACAGGAUCUCAGCGUGGAAGGGCCGGUACGCUAACAGCACCCCCGUGGCGGUGGACUGCACGGCGGACCUGGUGAGGUGUCAGGUGCUGGACCGGACCGGACAGCUGGGCGGGGAUGACCUGGUUCUGCUGUACGGGGCGGCCCUGGUGAGGUUCGUCAAUCUGAUCACUGAGCGACAGCAGGGCAGAGUGGCCCGUCCACUGAGGCGGCUGGCUGGGAACCUGAACAUCCCAGAGUGGGUCGUGGAUCUGAGACACGACUUCACUCACCGCAAGCUCCCCACCUUGAAGUGGUGCCGAAAGGGGUGUAAGGUGGUUCUGGAGUGGCUCCAGCAGGAGUACUGGUCCAGGCAGCUGGGUGGAGGCGCUGGUGAUGACUGGGAAUCGCAGUCAGACUUGGAGGACGAAGAGGCUGAACUAAAACUACAAGAGGAUGAGCUUAUCGCAAGGCAGAAAGAAAUGGAAGCCUACAAGAAUGCCCGCUCUCUUCUGAUAUCUUAUGAAAAGGAGCAGUACCAGGCUUUUGAUGGGAAUCCUGAAGACCAGGAGAAGAGCUUGUGGCCAGCGCCUUUUGAAGACAUGAGCUGGUUACUGGGUGAGAUCAAACAGUUUGCUUUGGAGUCGUGUGAUUUGCUGGUUGAUGUGUUGCUGGAAGAUGGAUUUCUGGUUCCUACUUUUGAGCAGCUGGAGACUUUAGGUUGUAAUUCCUCUCAUGACACCAGUCCCUCUGAGCCCAGACUUCCUCAGACAUUCCUGCGUUUUUGGCUGCCGCUGCUGAAGGUGCUCAACUCUCCAUCCUUUAUUCACGUCCUCCUAGAGAAGCUCUUUGUUGAACUGAAGCUGCUUGUCAAAGAGCCAAACAAUCACAGGGCUUUCUACAUUUCUGCUUGGACUUCAGAAGUCAUGCUCUGUAACAGCAACAAAUUUGAGUACCACUUUGAAACGAAGGGACAGAGAAAGGCCCGAAUGAAGGACAGGAUUUUUGUGAACCGCAUCCAGCUGAGGUGGCAGCAGCUGCUCUCUGCAUGCCUGGAUGCUCCCUGUAUCAGCACGCCUCACUUGCUCCAGCUCAUCCUGGAUGACAUGGAGCAUCCUCUGCCUCUGGAAACUCAACAGAGGCUGCUCCAGCUCUGCUCCAUCUACACACAGACAACACAAUCGGAACUGAACGCUUCUCAGGUGCACAAACAGCAGCCAAUAUACACACUGGAGAGUUUGCACGAGAAGCUGCAGCAUUCGCGUCGGCACAGCCAGCCCCGGCGUUCUGAGGCGGACCUGGAGAGGAGCGAGUCCUCCCAGGAGAACAGAUGUGCAGAUGUUCAGGCUGAGAAAGCAAAGCUGCUCAGAGGUUCUCCGUGGCAGGUUUGCACUGAUAAAAUUCUGUGGAGGAACUUUCCUCUUGGAAAAGUCCCUGGACAGUCAGAUGACCCCUCCUGCCUCAUGGUGGAACAUUAUUCAACCAUGACAGUCUUUGACCAGCCGGUGGAGCUGGAGAGCAACGCAGCACGAAGUGUCCCGGGAGUCUCUGCACCAGCCAGGACGGCUGAAGGGCUUCUCUGGAACCACAGUGACAUCAACAAGCUGAAAUCUGGACUGCAGCUCUUUUGAAUCUCAGUGUUUUAAUGCUGCACAGUGUGUUCAGCUCUGUGUUGUUCUGACACACACACACAAGAUGUUCAAAAUUAUGUAAGCUUCAAUAUUAAAAAGAGUUUCGUUUGCAAAUAAAAAAUGUGAAGACUUUUAUAAAUUAGCGUAAGACAGCAACUGGCUAUUCGUUUCAUUGUCAAUAUUCUAUAAAGUGUCUGAAAACGGUGGAAAGUGCCAAUCAUAAUUUCUCACAGACCAAAGUGACAUGUUCAGCUGUUUUAUUUUGCCUUAGAGUCUAAAACUCAAAUAUAUCUGCCCAUAUUUGACAUACCAGUGCAUCACAUCCUCUCAUUUAAGAUGCUGGAAUCAACAGAUUUCAGAAAAAAGUUGGUUAAAGUUAAUCAAAUAGUCAGAUCAGCUCUAGAUUGACACAAAAUUAAUUUUUCUGGGUCAUUGACCGGUAUUGAUGGCAAAUGUUGCCUGGAGUCAGAUUCUUAAAUGUUAGGAUUUGCUGCUUUUCUCUGUUAAAUCAACUGAAGAUUAUUUGUCUUUAAAGAUUUAUUCUGAUAAUUAAAUGUCAGAAAGUAGCAGGAAAUCUGCCCAGUAGAAUUUGUCAAAGCCCAAGAUUAACAAUUUUUCCACAGGAUCUGACAUUUUAUAAACAAAACAAUUCAUCCAUUGAUAUUAAUUUACUUUGAAGCCCUCAUGUAAAGCAGUUGUAAAUGCUUUAAUGUUUUCAGAAAAAAAGGUGGAACUAGUGCAGCACCUAAUACGUUCUGUACUUCACCUUAUACCACACGAUGAAGUUAAACAGGAUAUGGUUUUAUAGUUCUGGUGGUGUGUUCAGAGCACAGUGAGUGUUAUGUUGUUGGUUUUUCUGAUCUGUUUUGGAAAUCUGGAUGCCUUCCAGUUGGAAACACCAGUAAAGAUGUAUUUUUUUGUGAGCACAAAGGUGGUUUUGUGGGGACAAAAAUAUUGUUUUGUGCACUUCUGUUAAAUAAAGCUUUUUUCUAUCCAAAA